UACACCUUCAACCCAAUAGGGCCUAGGCUGGGUGCCUUGCUCAAAAAGGACUGGCGAGUUGGUUCUAUUAUGGAGAUUCGCGUAAUAUGUAUGUACUCCUUAGGGCGCGUACUUGAUGGGGCCGUCAAGGCGUAUUUGAAGGCCUGCGAUUUGAAGGAUCCGCGGGUUUACGAGAAACCCAACCCACCUAUCUCAGGGUUGCUUGUUGAAAUCCGUUGAUUAGAUACCUUAGGUAGCCUCGAUAUAAAUACCCAGGGCUAAGACCAUCUCUCUUAUUUAGUAAACAUUGCAGUUGUGUUUGCAAACUCAAUGAGACCGCGAGUUUGAGCAAAAGAACGAUAGCCAAGAUGUCCGAGACGGUCGUCAUCACAGCCCAGACGGCUGGCGCCGCACCUACAAGUAGUUUCGUCGCCGAGGAGGCCAGAAGACCCAACAGGACGAAGGCGCCGUGGGCUCGUUACAGGCAUACCUCACCCACGAGAAGCAGCCAUAUAGCACAUCCGACACUAUCCGACUCAAAGCCGCGGCUCGCCGAGACAGUCGAACCUCCUGUUCCGAUUACCUCCUCUGCGACUGCGGCCUGGGUCAUUAUCACUCUUACAGGCAUCACGUUUGUCGGUAGUAUAAGCAGCGGCCUCGUCACUAUUGCCCUGCCCGCCAUCGCUCUAGAUCUCGACUUGCCGCGUCACCUGCUUCUUUGGCCCGCCUCUGUCCAUCCGCUCGCGAGUGCAUCUUGUCUGGUAUUGGCUGGCACCAUUGCUGACUUUGUCGGAAACCGCAAGGUCAACCUGGUUGGCUGCAUCUUUCUCGCGGCUUUCACACUCGCGGCUGGCCUCGCCCGUACUGGCAUACAGCUCAUCCUCUUCCGGGCAUUCCAAGGCGUGGCAAAUUCCCUCUGCCUUCCGACCGCUGUGAGCAUCUUGACCAACAACUUUGUCCCUGGCCCUCAGCGAAAUGUCGGCUUUGCCUGCAUCGGUCUUAGCCAACCUCUCGGCUUCGCCGUGGGGCUGGUUUUUGGCGGCGUGAUUGUCGACACCACCCUAGGCUGGCGCUUCUCAUUCUACCUCACAGCUGGGCUGAUGGCUUUGUUGUUCGUGUUGAGUAUCUGGCUGCUUCCGAAAGACAAGCCCCAGGAGGCGCAAGCGUGGAGGCGGGCCGGACGGGAGAUUGACUGGAUCGGUGCCGGACUUGCCUCCGCCGCGUUGGGCAUAUCCUCGUAUAUAUUUGCAAUCCUCACUGGGGACCUGUACAACAUCAAGCAGCCGGAAAACAUCGCCCUGCUGUUGCUUUCUAGCUGCGCCUCGGUCGGUUUCGUAUUUUGGAUGAGCUAUCGAGAGAAGUCAGGAAGAACGCCGCUCAUUCCGAAUUCACUGUGGCGGAACAAGUCUUUCUCGAUAAUAUGCAUCCUAGUACUACUAUCAUACGCAGUCCUAAACAGCCUAGAAUACUUUAUCAGUCUCUAUUUCCAGAAAGUCCAACGUCUGUCGGGCCUCGAGGCGGCCAUCCGAUUUCUCCCAGAAAUUGCCGCCGGGGUGCUCUUGAACCUUUGCACAGGCUUGUUUGUACACAAAGUCCACGUCAGCCAUCUUAUCACGGUGACUUCGAUCCUGACCGUCGUCUCGCCACUCCUCAUGGCUCUGAUCAACCCGGCUUCGGGCUACUGGAUCGGCUCAUUUUGGGCUGUAUUGCUCUGCCCGUUCAAUGUUGAUGGUAGUCUCCCUAUUUCGGCUGGUACGAGCCUAUUACUUGCUGACAUUGCGAUAAUAGUCAUCUUCACUGUGGCGAAUCUGAUCAUUACGGACGCAUUCCCAGCCAGCACGCAGGCGCUCGCCGGUGCAGUGUUCAACACGAUCGCCCAGUUUGGCUGGUCGCUUGGUCUCACGAUCAUGGCCAUUACCUCGUCCAGAUUGACGGUGAACUCGCCAUAUCAAGACAAAGAGUCACCGGAAGCUAUACUGCCUGGGUAUCAAGCCGUCUUCUGGGUCUGUGUUGGCCUGCAGGCGCUUGCAUGUGUGCUCAGUGCCUGGGGGUUGCGUGGAGUUGGGAAGAUCGGCUUGAAGCUAGAGUAGGAAAAAUAAUAUGAUAGAUGAUAAAGGCGCCUGCAGGGUUACGGGGUAUUAUAAAAGAUAGUAUGAAUUCCAGUGGACCACAACUUGAUGCAUCCUUUGGCUGUCCGUGGUAUUGGUUUAGACCCUUGAGAUCAUUGUGCGAAAAUGAUCAGUCAGAGCUGUCGAUUAAGAGAAAGAGUUUGCACAAAGUAGGAGCUUCAUGUUGCUAGUAUAAUUGGGACCAUGAAGAAAGGGACUAAAUCCUACGAACGGAGCACUCCGUGUUCGGUUGUUGGGGAAUUGGGUGUUUGGUUCUUCCUCUUGCAGGCACUG